CAGGGGCAGGGGGCCUGACUCGCUCACUGGGUCUAAAGUAGGACUAUAUAUAAGGCUUGAUAGGGGGACACAGAAGACUUAAAAGUGAAUAUCCGUCUCUGGUCUGUGGAGUCUAUACGAACAGCUUCAAUCACCAUGUCACAGCCAGCCGAGAUGAAGAAGAAGAAGCGUCCCCCGAUGAAGGAGGAGGACCUGAAAGGAGCCCGCGGUAAACUGGGACUGAGGGGCGAGGUCAAGAGUAAGACCUAUGAGGUCAUGAUGGAGUGUGAACGUGCGGGCAAAGUGGCUCCGUCCGUGUUCAGCGGCGUGAGGACCGGGACAGAGACGGCUCUGGGACAGCCUGCGGAGGCCAAAGCUCCUGGAGCCAGUGUGUUCGGCAAGUAGACCCGGGGCGGGUCAAAGAAGAAGCACGCUGCCGUCUGUAGGGUUCUGAUGCAGCUGAUUACAUGGAUCCAGAAGAUCUUUUUAAUGAAGAUAUGAUGAUGUAAGAGAGACAGAUUGCAUACUUUUUAUGCCGGUAUAUUGUGUGACAACACUGUUAAGCAAGCAGUUUUAGUUUGUAACUCAUGCUGAUGUGGAGGAUUGGAUUGUACUGUGGUGGACGAACUGUGUGUGAAAUGUGAGAUUUGUCCGAUUUUUUUAUUCUUUUUAUUUUUAACUGAACAUUUUUGCUAAAUAAAUGAUUUCCGCUGUA